UCUUCAACCACCAAGAGGCCCAUUCCACAGCAAGGGGAAGACACAGAGACGACUCCAAAUCUCAUCUCGUCUUCCCCGCCGCCGGCCGGCAACUCACCCAGACCCAGCCAUGCCUCCCUCUCCGGCCCCCUCCGCCGCCGCAGCCGCAGCCGCUUCCCCCUCCGGAUCCUCCCCGGCCUCCGCCGACCACACCACCCCGUCCUGGUGGGAGUCCGUCUCCCAGGCGCGCUCCCGCAUCCUCGCGCUCGCCUCCAUCCUCCCGCCGCAGGCCUCCCCGGACGUCGCCGCGCUCGCCGACUCCGACCGCCCCGCCCGCGCGCUCCUCCGCUCCGCCGCCGCCUACGACGCGCUCUCCGGGGCGCUCCGCGCCGGCGGCGGCGCCGACGACCCCGCCUGCAACUGGCUCUACGACACGCUCCACUCCCCGGACCCCGACCUCCGCCUCGCCGCUCUCGCCUUCCUCCCGCUCCUCUCCUCGCUCUACCUCCUCCGCCUCCCCUCCCCGCUCUCCGGCUUCGAGGCCGUCCUCCUCGCCCUCUACUCCUCCGAGGCCAAGAACCGCCAGGGGAAGCCCGUCCUCGUCCGGGUCCCCGACCUCUCCGUCCCCUCCCUCUACCACACUCCGCAGUCCACCCCCAGCUCCAAAUCGCCCCGCCGGCCGCACCCGCCGCCGAUCCCCCCUCCCCAGGCCAAUGUGGUGGUCGGCGUGCUGUCCCCGCCGCUCGAGCCACAGGCGGCGGUCAAGUCCACCAAGCGCGCUGGGAUCAUCGGGGUCGCCUUUGAGGCCUACUACGCCAAGAUCUCGCAGAUGCCCCCCGCAUCCAAGGUGGAUGCCUGUAAUGCCGUGGCGGCGUGGGCCGGGCAGUACUGCAGGUGCCGUUUUGAGCUUGACGAGGACGAGCUGCUGGAGGUAGAGGAGGUGGAUUCAGCGGGGUCCAUGUCGCCGUUGUCCACUGAGGCUGAGAAUGGGAACGGGAAGGUCUUGGAGGAGGAAUUGGCGAGGAUGCGUAUCAACGGAGACAGCAGUGGCCGGAAUUGUGGUAAAGAGGAGGCAAGGGAGGCAAGGGUGCAGCUCCCGUGGGAGCUGCUGCAGCCAGUGAUGAGGGUUCUUGGGCACUGCCUGCUCGCUCCACUCAACCCAGUGGAGGUGCGGGAUGCGGCCGCAGAAGCUGUACGGGUUGUCUAUGCCCGGGCAUGUCAUGACCUCAUGCCGCAGGCAAUCUUGGCAUCCCGGAGCUUGAUUGAGCUCGACAAAAGCGCGCGCAAGGCUGCCAAGGCAGCAGCUAUAGCGGCCUCGGGGAUAAUGGUAACAUCCGGCACAUCUGGAAGCACUGCGUCGAGUUCCAGGCCAAGUUCCAAGCCAAACACACCCAGCAAGCAGCGUAAACCUGACAUGCUGCUCCUGUCCAAAUGAGGUCAAUACCUCUGUACUUUGUUUGUGAAAUUGGUUGUGGAUGUGGUAAACUGUCUAUCUCUGAUCAGCUUGUCACUGAGAUGUCGACAAAGCCUAGUAUACCUUGCAAUGCGGGAAGUUUGUCUGUUACGGCUCAAAAACUGCUACUUUGGUAUGUUGCCAACUCUGUAUUGUAUGUUGAUGUGCCUUAUGUACUUAUUAUUUUACUUGUUGCAUAUAGUUUACAAAUCAAUAUAUUUUGUUAUUCUGCUU